UCAUCACGGACCGGAUGGGAGCUCCGUAGCUCCGGAUUGGACAAGGCCCAGUAUUGUUCUGAUGUUGCUAAUUUCUCACUCACUGAUCACUGCUUUGUGCUUACAGGGACUGCCGUCUACGCGCAAGUAUUGGGUUGACAAGAAGCUCAACAAGAACCGUUGGAUGUUUCUGGCUAAGGAACUGAUCCCUUCAGAUGACGAACACUGGCAAUGGAUAGAAGAGGAGGAGCCAUGCUAUUCAGGCAACGAGAAAAUGCACAUCGCCGAGCUAAGAAGGAUUUGCUGGCUAGAAAUCAAUGGGAAAUGCAACACGAUCAUGCUCUCUCCGUGGACGACGUACGAAGUCGAGAUCCUCGUGAAGAUGAGAGAAAGAAGCCGUGGAUGGGAUGCUCCAGUGAACCUCAGUCUCGCUCUCCCAGAUGGAAACAAGCAGGAACGCAUGGAAAGAUUGGAAGGACUGGAAAAGGAAAAGUGGCAUGCAAUUAGCAUCGGCCAGUUCGAGACGACGCCCAAAACCGUUGGCAAGAUAAGCUUUUCGCUCAAGCAAACCGAUGGGAAUUGGAAAACCAAGCUUUGCGUCAAGGCCAUUGUUUUAAGGCCAACAACAUAGAUAAGCAGUCAAAAUAAUGCGUGAAUUGUGGCUCCAAGCGUUUGUAAUUGAUCUCCACUCUAUGUUUACUGAUGCACCGCCGUAAUGGUAUUGUUCCGAAUAUGUAUCCAUUGACAAACAAUCACAGUUCCGCAGUCGGAAAUAUUUUCGGCUCGACUCAUGCCGAGUUCUUCA